AUGACCUCAUAUCUUCCCCAGAUCCACACAAACCCAUUUCUGGGCCCCGUAAACAACUAUUCCUCAACACAUCCCGAUGCCUGUCCAGCCAUGCAUCAUAGCCACCAUAGACCGCUCAAUGUUGCCUACGCGACGUCCAUGAGAAACCACCCCUUUGGCACGGCCUUGUAUACGCCGCUCGCGCGUAGAGAGUUCCACCCUGGAAGCUGUGGCUACUUCGAUGCCGCGGGGUCCUGGAACCCCAUCACCGACGUAUCAGACGGCCCGCGGCUGGCGGCCCAAGGCUACGCGUCUGUAGAGGAGGAGCUGGAGAAAGCGCCCGCCGAGACGGGCAUCCAAUGGGGCCCGCUUGCGUCGGAGAACGUCGUUGGUCGCAGUGUGGACUUCUCCGGCGGGCUGUCGUCCGAGUUGGCCGCGGCGCUGCCGGCCAAUUUCUCGGCGGAGUUUGCGUUUUCGAAUACCUCGUCCGGAGGGGCGUUGCUGGUCACGUCCCCGCCGAUCGUGCACGAGCGGUUCUACCAUGAAUCCAUGUUUAAGCAGUGGGUGAUCCGCAAUGCCGACCGGCUGGUUAGACAGCGGAGCGAGAUCUUCCAGUACGGGUUGUGCGUGGUGACGAAGACCUGGUCGACGCAGGACUGCGCGAUCCAUAUGUGGGACGAGGUGGGAAGGAAGUCAAGGUUGGGUUUGAUGUUGGCGUUGAGGCGAUUGGGCAACUGGGGCCGGGGGUGGGCUGGUCGGUCAAUAAGAAAGACGGAGGAUGGAUGCGCUAUAGAGCGAGUCAGGUAA